AUGUUGGGCUGCACCUUAUCUCUGAUUCUGUUUGGGAUUUUCAUGGACCGGAUCUUGAGCCAGGGACCUCCAGCAGGCACUGGAGGGUUUGUCACUGAGUUUGAGGCGGUUGGGAUUAGGAUCGGCGCCUCCAAGUCAGAGGCCAUGGUCCUCUGCUGGAAAACUGCUCAUGCAGAGCUGAUCUUCAGACGUCUCUCAGAGACUCAGACCCUGCAGCUCUCCCACUCCCCUCAGAAGGACCACGGCGUCCUGAUGGGCCUCCACCUUUACCACCGCAGCGCCAACAGUCAGACCACGCUGCUGUCCAUGUCUGAGGACUGUGAUCCAAAGGUCGACCCGGGGAUCAGGGGGCGUCUGCAGCUCCGAGGAGGACUGAACUCCCAUCAGGUCUAUGUCAACAUAACAGGGGUAGAGCCCGGCGAUACUGGACUGUACAUGUGGGAGCGGAGCUACAGGUGGACCAACGGAUCGGAGCAGAUUUUCCCUGCAGCUCAGAAGGUGUUUCUGUUAGUUGAAGGGCACUUCUGUCACUGCUCCCCCAGUCACUCCCCUCUCCUCAUUACCAUCUUCGCAGCAGCCGGCCUCCUCCUCCUCGCUUUCAGCUGGCUCGCAGUGGACAAAUGUGUGAAGUCCAGACCUCAUCACAAACCACAACCUCCAGCUCCUAUCUACGAGGAAAUGACCAGGAAGCAGCAGAACACCACAGCCACCCAAAAUAACUCGGACACCCCCUUGCACCUGGAGGAAAUCAACUUCCCUGUGUACGCUAACCCAAACAUCCGGCAGCAGCAGGACAACUACUACGCCUGUCCCAGACAGCUCGCCCUCAGAGCCUGAAGUGAUGGAUUGAAGCAGCCUGACGGUGACACAGAACGAGAUGUGACGUUAAUAAAAGAAAAGAGGAGCCUGAAUCUGUAAUGCUUAUAUUAAUAGUGCUGAGCUCACGAUGGAUUAAUGCUGGGU